AUGACGCACCCAAAAAAUCGAAGCAGCAGGUUCUGUUGUUGUCUAUUGGUGGUGGUGGUUCCCUCUGAAAGGGGACUUGAUCAAUCAGCAAAUCUCCCUUUUUGCUUUCGUUCCCUUGAGCCGACUCGAAGCGCGUCCCUCGUUCAGCCGAAUCGGUGUUAA